UAAUAAAUAUGAAUUUGAUGCUAAAAGAAGAAUGGAUUUGUCCUCCUUCUCUCGUUGAGAGCUUGAGAAUGAAGCCAUGAGGUUCCACUUUAGCAGCAAAAGAUGAUUAUGAAAGUAAAACAUUUGCUUCAACUUCUUACUCAUCUCCACCUACUGUAAAUGGAGCCCAGGCUGACGAAGUGAGUCUUCCUAAUAAACCUGAAAAAUCCACCACGUGUCUAGUCUCCGAGGAGACUUUGGCCAAGGAAAAGGUAAAGGAGCAAGUAUUCAUCAAAGAGAGCUACAAUUUUCUCAAGUUGUUGGCUAAGAAGCUCCGUUAUGGACAGGCUAUUAUUAACACAGCUAUGUUCUACCUUCUUAAAUACACAAGAAUUUAUCCUUACACUAGCAUAAACAAGUACCUAGUCUCGGCUUCAUGACUACUACUUUCUGCUAAAGUAAAGAACGAGCCCAUUCCAAUGGAAUACCUUGCUGAGUGGUACAUUUGGGCUGAACUCAAAAGAAUUGAUCCCCAGUCAAGGCCUAUUAUCUCCGAAAAGAUGAAGCAAGAAUAUGUCUCUAAAAUCCAAGAGCAAGAGUUCGAAAUUCUUUCGGAGCUCAAUUUCGACGUUGAAGUCGAGUUACCUAACAAAUAUAUUGCAAAGUUCUUCCAUGUCUCUCUUAGUAAAAGAGGAAAGCCAAAUGAGGUGUUAUCCAAGCACGCGUACAUGUUUAUGAAUGAUGCAUUCACUACUACCGCGCCCUUGUUCUACCCUCCACAAGAGAUUGCAGCUGCUGUGAUCUACAUGGCUGAUGUGUACUUGAAGAAAUCUCCUAAAUUCCAGAAAACCUAUAAAGACAAGUGCCCAUCAAAUGAAGAAGAGUGGUUCAAAUUCAUAGAUGAGACCCUAGAUCUGAAGACAAUAAUCGAAGUUAAGGACGAGAUCAAGAAGUGCUAUGAUAGAAAGACUUCUUCCUCAUAAGCCCCCUUCGAUUAAAGGUGAUCCCAGGGAAUCGGACCAUUCUAAAACCACUCAAAUGCUUCUUCUAAGAUCACUUUGCACCUAAAUCGCUUCUACUCCAUCUC